AGAAAAAGAAAUCCAAUUGCAGGUACCGAUUCCUAGUAGACUAGGAAUCGGGCCCGUUUGCCUUUAUUUUGUUUUCCAAACACUGCUCCUUGUCAAUUUCCCCUCCUAAUACCUCCGAGUUCCCAAAACCCCUGCUUCGGACGGACGAUCGCAAGCCGGCGGACGACCCUCAAAACCUCCUCCUCCUCUCUCUCCGUCUGUCUCUCGCGCUCUCUCCCCGCUUUCGGGCGCUCUCUCUCUCUCUCUGCAUUCAGUUAGCAAUUUCCGACUGCCCCAACCGAGCCGCGAUGUCGGAAAGCCGCAGUGUCAGUUGUGGCGAAGAUUCAGCAAAUUCUUCUGAAGACAAGGCACCGAAAUUCGAAGCAGACAAAUCUGCAUUUUGUCAAAAAUUGCCAGAAAUUGAGAAAAGAAAAGAGGUCAAGGAAGAGGCGGAGGAAGAGGAGGCGAGAGUUUAUGAGUAUACUUCUGGUGAAGACGAUGAUUAUAUCUGGCCAGACGGUAAACGCAGGAGGACCCGAGAAGAGUGGGCUUUAUACUGCAAACAACUUAAGGAGAGCGAGGGAUUUGAUGUUGACCCAUUUCCGGACACGUUUGAAUUUGGUCUUACAGCACUAACAAAUUUGGAAGAUGAAAGUCUCAUCAAAUGUGCAAAACGAGCAAUCGAGCACUUUAAUGAGAAAAAUAAUACCAGCUAUGGGUUUGUGAAGAUAGAGAAGGCAACUUGCAUCGUUGCAGCAGGAUACUCAUAUAAUAUCACUUUCCUUGCCAAGAAUUAUAAGGUUGAUGUUGAAGCUGGAGCUCAAACUUUUCAGGCUAAAGUCUGGCAUAGACUACGCGGUGAUGUUAGAGUUUCUCUUUGCCGACUUAAACCAGCUCCAAGUUAGUGGAAGUUAUAUUUUUUAUUUAUUCAUUACUAUAUUUUGAUUUAGAAGUGUGCGUAUUUAAUUAGUACUUGUCUAGGUAAGUAAUAUUUCGUAGAAACUGAUAGAGAAUUGGUAGACAACUCUUUUUCAGCUAGUCUGCUGCUUAUGUUCUGAAAGAUAUUACAUUGCCCUAGAUUUUUUUUUUUUUGCUAGUUAAUUUUACUAUCUUAAACUUUCAUUCGUGUUGGAAUGGUGAUUGGGAUAGUGACCUGAAA